AUGCUCAGCUCCCUCGACAAGCAAGAGGUGGCGAAGGCCUCCCAGCUGGAGACUUCGUCCACGGAGAAGCACAACAACGACACCGAUGCCUCCUACGGUGAGGUCGAGAACGCCGGCUUCAGCCUCGGCGACACCAAGAAGCUCAUUCGCAAAUGCGACAAGUAUCUCUUGCCGUUCCUUUCCGUCCUCUACCUCCUGUCCUUCCUUGACCGCACCAACAUUGGCAAUGCGAAGCUCGCCAACAUGGAGCCAGCCCUCGGCAUGAGUGGUCUGGAUUACAAUAUCGCCGUCGCUGUCUUCUUCCCCUUCUAUGUCGCAGCCGAGAUCCCCUCCAACAUGGCCAUGAAGCGCUGGCGCCCAUCCAUCUGGAUUCCCAGCAUCAUGGUCGCAUGGGGAAUUGUCACCACCCUCCUCGGUAUCGUCCAUAACUUCCCUGGCCUGCUCGCUGCUCGUUGCGCUCUUGGUAUCGCUGAGGGUGGUCUCUUCCCUGGUAUCACCUACUACAUCUCUUUGUGGUACAGGCGCCAUGAGUGCGGUCUGCGCAUGGCCAUCUUCUUCUCCGCCGCCACCGCCGCCGGUGCCUUCGGUGGUCUCUUGGCCUUUGGUAUUAUGAAGAUGGAGGGUAUGGCCAAUCUCCACGGCUGGCAAUGGAUUUUCAUCAUCGAGGGUCUCCUGACCUUUAUUGUUGCCAUCAUUGCCUACUUCGCCAUGUACGAUUAUGCCGACACUGCCAAGUUCCUCAACGAUGACGAGAAGCGCGAGAUCGUCCGCCGCCUCGAGGAAGACCGCUCCGUCCUCUCCGACAGGUUCGACAUGAAGUUCAUGUGGCAGGCCUUCACCGACUGGAAGAUCUACGUCCACAUGCUCAUCACCAUCGGAAUCUAUACUCCCCUGUACUCAAUCUCCGUCUUCAUGCCCACUGUCGUGAAGAGUUUGGGUUACACCGCCGAGACUGCCCAGCUGAUGACCGUUCCUCCCUAUAUCGCCGCCUGCCUCUGCACCAUCGCCGGCGGAUAUCUCGCCGACAGGCAUGGACAGCGUGGUAUCUACAUGAUUUUCUUCUGCCUUGUCGCUAUCCUUGGAUUCGCCCUCCUGGCCGGAGUUCAGAACAACGGCGUAAAAUACUUAGGAUGCUUCCUAAUUACAUGCGGAAUCUACCCAAAUGUGCCCGGCGGAGUGGCCUGGAAUGGAAACAACAUCGGUGGUUCUCUGAAGCGAGGUGUUGGAAUCGCUAUGCACGUUGGAUUCGGCAAUCUAGGCGGUACAAUCUCUGCCUUCGCCUACCUCCCCAAGGAUGCUCCUCACUACCGCCCCGGCCAUCUGCUCCUCAUGUCCACCACCACCAUGAGCUGCCUCCUGUGCAUCUUCAUGACCCUCUACCUCCGCCGCGAGAACAAGCGCCGAGACGCCGCUAACAAGGCUCCUGAGAGCUACACCCGCCAGGAGAAGGAGGUCGAGGCGGACAAUGGUGACAACGCCACCUUCUUCCGAUACACGGUCUAG